AUGGUGAAUGUAUCCUAUGAAAGCUACGAGAGUAACAGAGUCGUCGGAGCUUCAGUUGAUGGAGAUUCUGGAAAAUUUGGUGAAGAAGCUUCAGGAAUAGAAGCUCUUUGUGCGAACUAUGUGGAUUUUCCGGCGAGGAUUUGCGAAGAACCACCAUUGUUGAAGAUUAUCCGAGAAAUUUGUGAUUUUCGGUGGAAUAGCCGAGAAAUCAAUCACAGAUUUGAUAGAAAUGAAUUUGUCGGGAGAAUCACCGAAGAACUUGAGGUCAAAACGAAAGAGAGAAGGAAUAAAACGGAAGGAUCACGUGAGAAAGAGUAA